UGACCGCCACGAAACAGCCUAAAGUCUGCGGCCCGGGUUACGCUUUCCUUGUCAGUUACCAGCGCAGCGUUCCUCCCUACAAUACGUAAAUCCCAGAGCGAAACAGAAAAGAGCCACCACCCACGUUCCCUCCCACGGCUUCCUCCACUGCUGCGCCUCCCAACUCCUGGCCUCGGUCACGAGUUCCGUUCCGCCUCCCGCGGGCGCCCCAAAACCAAAAACCCAAAAAGCCCCCGAGAUAUGUCCAACGACGCCCCAGGAUCAGGAUCAGAAACUACCGGACAAUCAGCCGCCAUGGCGGACACCCGCACCGGCUACUGCGCCGCCACCGGAUCCUUCCGCAGCCUCCGCCCGCCGGUGCCGCUCCCGCCGCCAGACUUGCCGCUGACAUUCCCAUCCUUCGCGCUCUCGCUCCUUCAGCAAUCGCCGCCCCCUUCCUCCCGCCCGGCGCUCCUCGACGCCGCCACGGGCGAGGCCGUCUCCUACCCGGCGUUCCUCUCCCAGACGCGCGCCCUCGCCGCCACCCUGGGCCGCUCCCAGCUGGGCCUGGGCCGCGGCGACGUGGCCUUCGUCCUCGCCCCGGCCCGCCUCGACGUGCCGGUGCUCUACUUCGCGCUCCUCUCCCUCGGCGCCGUCGUGUCCCCCGCCAACCCGGCCCUCACUGCCGCCGAGGUCGAGAGGCUCGUCUCCCUCUCCGGCGCCUCCGUCGCCUUCGCCGUCUCCUCCACCGCCGCCAAGCUCCCCGCCAACCUCCCCGUCGUUCUCCUCGACUCCCCCCACUUCCGCUCUCUCCUCAAUCCCAAUGGGGAUCAGGAAUCAUCAGACGCAGCGGAUCACGCGGUAAUUCCAAUUCCAAUUCCCCAGUCGGCGACGGCGACGAUCCAGUACUCCUCGGGGACGACGGGGCGGGUGAAGGCCGCGGCGUUGCCGCACCGGAGCUUCAUCGCCAUGUCAGCCGGGUUCCACGCCCACGCGCUGCGGCAGCGGCGGCGCGCGGAUGACACGAAUCCAAGUAACAAGUCCCCUGGACAACAUCACCAGAUUACGCUGCUGGGGGCCCCGAUGUUCCACUCGAUGGGCUUCUUCUUCACGCUCAACGGGAUCGCGCUGGGGCAGACGACGGUGGUGAUGACGGAGCCCGCGGCCCAGGCGGGGUUGAGGGGCGUGAUGGAGGCGGCGGAGCGGUGGGGGGUCACAGAGAUGAUGGCGGCGCCGCCCCUGGUCGUGGGGAUGGCGAGGGAGAUGAGGCACCGGCGUCUGCUGCCGGCUCUGGAGCACGUCAUCUGCGGCGGCGCCCCGCUGCCGGAUUCCGCGGCCAAGCAGUUCCGGCGUCGCUUCCCGCACGUGGAUCUGUGCAUGGGUUAUGGCUCAACGGAAGCAGGAGGUAUAUCCAGGAUGAUCGGCCAGGACGAAUUCCCCAUCAUAGGCUCUGCUGGCCGCAUCACGGAAAACGUCGAGGUGAAGAUCAUCGACCUCGUCACUGGCGAACCCUUGUCUGCCGGCAAGAAAGGGGAGUUAUGCGUCAGAGGUCCUUCCAUCAUGACAGGAUAUGUUGGCGACGACGAGGCGAAUGCCGCCGCUUUCGACUCUGAAGGCUGGCUGAAGACCGGCGACCUUUGCUACAUUGAUCAGGAUGGGUUCCUGUUCGUGGUAGAUAGGCUCAAGGAGCUGAUCAAGUACAAGGCAUAUCAGGUUCCACCUGCAGAGCUGGAGCUUGUCCUGCAAACGUUGCCAGAAAUUGUCGACGCUGCAGUUAUGCCGUAUCCUCAUGAGGAGGCAGGGCAGAUACCCAUGGCGCUGGUGGUGAGGCAGCCCGGGAGCAAGGUGACGGAGGCGCAGGUCAUGGAGCACGUUGCCAAGCAGGUGGCGCCGUACAAGAAGGUCCGCAAGGUGGUGUUCGUGGACUGCAUACCGAAAUCGCCCGCCGGGAAGAUCUUGAGGAGGCAGCUGUCGGACACCCUGCAGUCGGGGGGUCAUCUGUCGAGGUUGUGACGACACGCAAUGUUGUGGGGUUGUGACCAUCCACCAAUCUUUAUGAAACGGAUGGAAUAGGAUAUAAGAAAGGUGGUGAUGCAUAUCAGGAGACAUGAUGCUGAACUGUACAAUAAAACGCCAGAAGGGCAUCCCUCUCUCCUAUCCCGUUGCAUACGCAGUCUUAGGAUUCUCCUACGUACACAGGUUCAAACCAUGGUGGCGGCCAAGCAUUUUUUUGUUUUCCCAUCUACUCCUCAUCAGUCAUUACACGCUAAAAUCUGUAUCCCUAAAAUUUAGUCUAUGUGGUCUGAGGUCUAUGCGGACA